ACACAUGCAUAUUGCAAAUAUUGAAAAGUUACCAUUAACCACCACAGGAUCACCAUUAUUGAUACGUUGUAAAACCUUUCUUUCCGUUACUUUUGUCAUACCUAAAGACUCAGAAUGUCAUGAUGUUUACACUUCACUAUUGAAGCUCUAUCAACCUGUUUCUAUUAAUAAGUUGUAUUGUUUUAAUUAUCAACCCGCCAAAGAUGAUUUUCCAAAAAAUGCGGGCUGGGAAUAUUUCAAAUUGGAAAAUGAAUUUAAACGUAUGCGUGUACCGAACGAUACCUGGACAUUGUGCAAUUUAAAUACGAAUUAUGAAUUGUGUGACACGUAUCCCAGACAAAUCUAUGUACCACAGGAGGCUAACACAGCCAUGUUAAUUGGUAGUUCACGUUUUCGUUCCAAAGGCAGAUUGCCAGCAUUAACGUAUUUACAUUCCAAUAAGGCUUCCAUUUGUCGUUGUAGUCAGCCAUUGUCAGGUUUCAGUGCACGUUGCUUAGAGGAUGAACAGAUGCUUGAAGCUAUACGCAAAACAAAUCCAAAUACCGACUACAUGUACGUUGUGGAUACGAGACCCAGGGUAAGUUGAAUCAUGCUGAAAACAAGCAACUGCAAA